CUUGGAGAGCUUGUUCUUUUCUAUGACUUCUAUUUUGGAAAAGGUACAGGCGGAACGAAAAUUGAGUCCAGUCUUGGGUACCGGAAGUUUUGGGGAAGUAGAUCGAUGUUACUUCACUCGUUGGGGAGCAGUCAAAUAAUUUUGUUCUCAAAUUAUUCUGCGCUUUUACAUACGUAUAUUUAUAGCCAUGGAUGCAUGUGGACUAUCUAAAGACGUCAAUGAUCCAGUUCUCAGUCUUUCUUCUCUGCACCUCCUGGUUCCACCCUUGAGGCUCCUGUCUGCUGCCAUGUGGCAGGUGGCUCAGCAAAGAGAUGUGAGGCACUAUGAGAAGUUGGAGGAGUUUGUGACUCUGGUGACAGAGGCCAUUCCAGAGCUGCUGAGCCACAGACAUAGAGCUCAGCUCAUUCUAGGUCUGAGAGCACGGUUGGUUCUGGAGCUGUGCCGAGGCCCUGCCGACCCUCAAACCAUCCAACCUUACCUGGACAGCAUGCCCACUGUUACUCCAGGAUGCACAGGAUACAGAGACGCAGAGGUGGAAGCAUCUGAAUCAAAUUUUGUGGUGCUUGUCCAAUCACUGCUGAAGGACCCAGUCGAGAGGGAGUGCUUCUUUCAGGAGGUGUUCCCGGAACAAUAUGGCCGACAUUAUGACACAGCGGUGCAGACGUUAACAUGGGAGUUCCUCUCCAGACUGGAACAACUGUUUCCAGUACCAGAUCUCAAGCAGACCGCGACAUGGCUCAGCUCUGCCCCUUCAGUCCUGGAGGAGUGUAAUGCAGUCUACCCCAGAAAAUCUGAACCUCAUUCUCCAGCACCAUAA